AUGACGAGUGUUUCAUCUCCUCCUUAUACAUCGCGUCACCAUGCGAAGCCAUCGCCAAGACAAGAGGUAUCACAACUCGUUGAAUCCAUAUUGGGUUUCCAGAAAUUUGCAGCCAUUACUCUUUCGCCUGAUUACAAGUUUGUUCCACUCAAUGAACACCUUCUUGGUCAUUGGGUGAAAGAAUUCCUUCAAAAGAAAUCAUCUUUGGAGUCUCAAGGAAAACCAAGCCUUGUGGAAAUCGGUUAUCACUACACGAAAUACGAGAACAUGAAGUCCAUUCAAUUGGUUGGACUAAAAUGUCACAAAGGAAGGAGACGUUUCUUUGGAAAGGGACUCUAUGUCGCCAAUAAUCCAAUAGCUUUUAGAGGCUAUGGCGACGCUGGACUCGUUGUCCUAGUAAUGAAGGGAGUCCAGCGAUGGUGCUUGAACAGCGACGCUACAGAUGGAUCGUUUGGAGAAGCUGAUGUUGACACAUUUUCAGGCAACAAAGUCUUUGACAAAAUGGCCAAGAAUGGCCGCUUCAAUAGAAGUUCAUACUUUGAUGAGACGGUUCUCCGUAGCGACGAGCAGCUGCUUCCCCUUUUUUGGUACGACCGUGACAUGGUCAACAACUCGGAACUGACUUGGCAAUUCCACUGUGCCCUUCAAGCGUGGGUAGACUCGGUCUUUCGACCCGGCCUCCCUCGAACCAUGGUGAAGCGCCCAAUACCAUGCGUUGAGGACUUGAUAAUGGAACACAAGCUCAGCGUCUCUAUCGCCACUCCCAGCAACGGCUCUCCCAUCAUUCCAGCUCCUUUCCACACCCGGAAAACAACAACACAAUAUAAAUUUGUGACAGCUCCUUUAGUGCGAUACCCAAAACUUUCUCCAGUCCCAGAACAGCAACGUGUGCAGCUAGUAAUUGAGGUAUGUGUGCCACAUGCAUUGAAAGCCGAAAAGAAAGACAACUUUCUUCCAUGCGUACCACUGCCCAAGCAAGAGUGCUCCAUUUGCUUUGAAAAGCUCAAGUCGGACACUGUCAGACUCUCCAAUUGUACUCAUAUCUUCCAUAAACAAUGCGCGAGGCAAGCUCUUCAGCACAAAGCACAAUGUCCUGUCUGUCGCAACGUUGUUGAUGAGCCUUUUGGUUGUUGUCCACCAGCAACAAUGACAGUAAAUUUAAGAUGCGACAAACAUUGUGGUGGGUUUCCAAGCAUCCCGACCUACGAGAUCGUGUAUAAUGUCCCAGCCGGAAGACAGACGGCGGAGCACGAAAAUCCAGGUGUCAAGUUCCGGGGUACCGUACGUCUUGCUUAUGUUCCUGCCACUGUACACGGACGCAACCUCGUUUUACGACUGUGUUAUGCCUUUCGUCGCGGGAUGACGUUUCGAGUUGGCACUUCCCUGACAAGUGGCUUAUCAAACUCGGUCGUUUGGGCAUCGAUUCACCACAAGACGGUCUUGGCCGGAGGUUCCUUUGGAUGGCCGGACCCAAACUAUUUUGACAAUGUUAAUGAUGAACUUGAUCACUUGAAAGUUCCGAAGGCACAAGACCUUCCAGCUUCUUGGUAA